AUGGCUGACGAAUAUGCUGCAGUUAAACGUGGAAAACUAAUACUUAAAGGAGAUAAGCCGAAGGCAAAGAAACGCAAACACAAGAGGAAGGAGAACUCGGAAGAUUCAAAAGUAGACGAGGACUCCAUGAAGCAUGGUGGUUGGUGGAAGGUUGAUAAAAUUGAAGACAUAACUGGCUCCAUAUCUAUAGAGUUCGGCAAUAAUUCUUAUGUGUCAGCUUUGGACAACGGGCUUUUUACCCUCGGUGCUCCACAUGGAGAUGGUGAAGGUCCUUCUCCAGAAGAGAUAUUCACUGCGUUUCCAGCUGGAGAGAACAAGUUUGCUUUGAAAUCUGGCUAUGGGAAGUAUUUGGGAGUAGCCAAAGAUUCGGUUGUUGGAAGAUCUGAUGCUGUUGGAGCUAUGGAACAGUGGGAGCCUGUAUGGCAGGAAGGUAAAACAGCAAUCCUGAGUUCCCUAAACAAGUUUAUGUCAGUGGACCCUGAAGAUGAUGCAGUGGUGGCUCGCACUACUUCGGCUGGUCCCAACGAGUUCUGUACCAUCCGCAGCAAUAAGACCAAGGAGGUCAACAAGUCCAUACUGCCUGAUGAAGAACAGGCUGAUUUGUCACAAGUUGAAGUUAAUUAUGUCAAGAAGUUCCAAAAAUUCCAAGACAAGAAACUGAGGUUGAAUGAUGGGAGCAUCUCAGAGCUGAAGAAAGCAAAGACAGAAGGCAACCUACAUGAAACAUUGCUAGAUCGUAGGAGUAAAAUGAAAGCUGACAGAUACUGUAAAUAA